GCAAGUUUUUUAAAAGUUAUCUCAUCUCAUAUUACGCAAAAUCGAGCGGUGUGGUAGUUGUGAUAGCACUUGAGGAUUUUUACUGGAUUUUAACUCUUGUCUCUUCAAGGAUUCGAGGAAGGACUUCGAGCGGCCUCCACACGCCUGCCCUAAGGUAGAGAGGCUAGGUCGUAUUUCGUAACGUGAAACCGCUCUAAUGGACACAAACUACAAACCGUUCAAACGAUUCGAAACUGAGAUUAUUUGACUUUUAGAGACAUGUGAGCAGCUAGGGCGGCGAUGGAGGAGGAGGGCGAGCGAGGCCCCGACGAGGGCUACCUCCUGGUCAGGAUCCACGUGCCGGAGCUCAACGUGCAGAAGUGCCUCCAGUUUCCUCGGGACCAACUCGUUUGGGAUGUCAAACAGCAAUGUUUAGCCGCAUUACCCAAGGUGGCCACUUGGUAUCGGGAACUGAAAGAAAGCUUCAAUUAUGGACUGUUUUGCCCUCCGGAGAACGGCAAAGCGGGAAAAUUCCUGGACGAAGAACGGAGAUUGGGCGAUUAUCCAUUCAGCGGACCUGUGGGCUAUCUCGAGUUAAAGUACAAACGGCGCGUCUACAAAAUGAUGUCCUUAGACGAGAAACAGCUCAAAAGUCUGCACACGCGUGCCAAUCUGAGACGGUUUCUCGAUUAUGUACACAAUGGACAAGUCGAGAAGAUUACGAAAAUGUGCUCAAAAGGACUCGAUCCCAAUUUCCACUGCCAAGACUCAGGUGAAACUCCCCUGACGCUCGCAACUGGCAUAAAAAAGCCCUCAAAAGUCCUAAUCUCCCUCGUGAACGGUGGCGCCCUUCUCGACUACCGCACCAAAGACGGCUCCACCGCCAUGCACCGUGCCGUCGACCACAAAAGUCUCGAAGCAAUGAAAACCCUCCUGGAACUAGGCGCAUCCCCCAACUACAAAGACGGCAAAGGCCUCACUCCCCUAUACCUCACCAUCACCCACAACACCGACCCCCAAUUCACAGAAACCCUCCUCCACGACCACGCCACCACGGGGGCGCAGGACCUGCAAGGGUGGCAGGAGGUGCACCAGGCUUGCAAAACGGGGAUGAUGCCACAUUUGGAACACUUGCUCUUCUACGGGGCGGAUAUGAACGCGAGAAACGCCUCGGGGAAUACCCCAUUGCAUGUUUGCGCUGUUAAUAAUCAAGAGUCUUGUGCGAGACAGUUGCUGUUUAGGGGGGCUGAUCGACAAGCCUUGAAUUAUGCGAACCAAACGCCGUGUCAAGUCGCUGUCAUUGCUGGGAAUAUGGAGUUGGCUGAGAUUAUACAGAAUUAUAGACAGGAGGAUGUCGUCCCGUACCGCGGCCCACCCAGCUAUAAUCCGAAGCGUAGGUCUGCUCUAGGAUGGCUGAACCGCGCCCCAUCCAUGACCACUUUAGCCCUACCUCCAAGUCCCUGUCCCAGCGACCGCUCCUCGGCCCCUUUCAGUUCGGCCAGUUCCAGUCUAAGCGAUAGCAGCAGUGCGCCCCCAGGCCACGAAACUGACACUGCCAGCAUCGUCACAGUGCUUGCACUGGGUGUUGCAGAUAAGAGUCUGGGUGAUACGAGCGAUAUCAUCAGUGACAGUUCCGGAGUUGGGACCGCCAACUCCGAUACCACCUAUUUGGCCACUCCGGGGACUAUGGUUGUCUGUGUUGAGGCCUAUACCACACUGGAAGACGGACAUAUCACUCUCAGGGAAGGAGACAUCAUCGAAGUGACCGGUACCACCGACGACGGCUUCCUCGAAGGCACCACCCGAAGUGGCGGCAGCAAAAGCGGCCUUUUCCCCUCCCACUGUGUCCAAGAAGUCCGCCUCAGACAUCACAACAUCCACGCCCCCAUGAUGGUAGCAAGAGACACCCGCCCACCAUCGACCAAACCCACCAAUCGGGUUGUAGGCCGUCGCGAGAACACCACCUCCAAACACUUUGCAACAGCACCACGACUGAAAAAAACUUUCAGUUAUGGAGAAACUGAACCACGAACCGUAGUCUUGCAUCGCGGCCGCAAAGGCUUCGGGUUCAUCCUCCGCGGUGCUAAGGCAACAUCCCCUUUAAUGGAACUCACCCCAAGUGAUAAAUGCCCCGCCUUGCAAUACUUGGACGAUGUUGAUCCAGGGGGCGUGGCCGAUAGGGCAGGCCUAAAAAAAGGCGAUUUUCUAUUGGAGAUUAACAACGAGGAUGUUUCAUCGGCCUCACACGAACACGUCGUUGAUUUAAUCCGAAAAUCCGGUGAUUUGGUACAAAUGACAGUUAUGAGUCUAGCCCCGCCUACAACUAUACCAAUGAGCAAAUCGACGAUUUUACCCGGCGACACGCCCCCUCAAAGCCGACAAUACGCCACACUACCCCGCAAAAUGGGCACCCAAGCCCCACUACCCCCACGACGCGACCCCAAAACCACCCUAAGUGUGGGCCGAGCACGGGCGAAAAGCAUGGUUGCCGGUUUAGAAAUAGAAAAAGAAGAGACUGAAGAUAUCACAAAAUCAAGCUCGGCCGAGUCAAUUUCCCCCACUCCUGUGCAAUUCCGGACUGCUUCGAUCCGACAACGACCGAGCUCGAGUCGGGUCACUUCGGCCGAACUCGAACAACUAUUCCAAAGCAAAAAACAUAUGAGUAGUUCACGGUUUCAAGACACGCCUCUAUCCCCGCCCAAAACACGAGUUUAUGCGAGCGUUGCCGAAAUGAAACGAAACAAAAACAAAUCAAAAGUGAGAUUUUCAACACUGUUUAAUGGUAGUGGGGGUGGGGGUGAACUACAUCGUGAUUUUCAUUCAACUCCUGAUUUAGCACAAGUGGCAACAUCGCAUUUGAAUAAAAAUCAUAGAAGUCAGGAGGAUUUAGCUAGGGCUUUGCCACCCCCAAAUCAUCCACCACCGCCCCCACCUCCAAUUGUACAACUUGUCAAAGUUGAAGUGUCACGUGGGGGCGCCGACUACGAUUCAUUUAGUAAAGAAAUUCUUGAAGAAAAUGUCAUUUCGUCGUUUAAACCCACUGUUAAUGCGAAAUUAUAUGCCUCACCAGAGGAUAUGAAGACAGUGGGGUACCGUUCAAAGAGUCUCCCUUCGCAUUCAUCACGGCCCCCCCAUGUUCGUAAAUCACACAGUAUGAGGACGAAUUAUUCGACUUUUAAACCAAUUGUUGUGUCAUCACCGUCGUCGAAUCCUUACGCUCAACCAAUGAGAGCGUCAAGGUCACACAGUUCGGUGGGGGUGAGGGAACGAAGAAGGAAAACUAGUUCGGGGGGGAAAUCACCGGGAAAUGCACCACCAAUACCCGAACCCGAUUAUAGUUGUAGCGAAUCGGAACGAGAGAGCGAAGAGGAGAUAAAAGAGCACAUCGUGGGGGCUAGAUUAGAAAACAGCGGGAAUAGUAACACCAGUGGCAGCAGUUCGGGUAGCAGUUCCAUGCCGCACAGUUUCAGCGUCGAAGAAAUCCAAAAAGGCAAAUCCCUCCUGAAAUCUUCCAAGUCUUAUCCUGAAGACUUUUUGAAGAAACAAAACGAAGUAGCCAUUGAAGACGGUGAUAAUAGUUCAUCGGGUGUUAGCUCUGACCAAGAAGUACCAACUGGAGCCGAAACAACAGUACAAGACCACAAUAGUAUGACUCUACCAUCGUCCAAAACCCAACGCCAACACCCAGGGUUGUUGUCGCGUCACGCCGUGUCUUUAGCCCAACUACCGCCCCCAUUGGAGGGCGACGGCGACGAAAAAGACGAGUUUUGUUUACCGCCCCCGCCGGAAUUCGGGGGCGGGAAUAGCAACUGUGGGGAGCAAGGCGGCGAAGCCGUGCUUGCACCGCCCCCACAAUUCAGUGAUAACCGACAGGUGACUAGGGUACGAAUCGUCGGCGCGGUGCCCAAAGGGCCCAAAAAACAGGGCCGGCUUCACAGUCAGUGAUUUUUGAUAAUUUUUCUAAUUAGAUAGAGCGAAAUAAUUCCGUCAUUUUCCAUUUCAACUCAUCCUGCCAACAUAAUAUUGAUAUUUUUGAAAAAUCACUAAUGUUGUUUGUACUGUGCUAAUUAAUUUUUAUCAUGUUGUCUGUAUGUAUUUAGUGGCCUAAGUCUUGUGUAUUAUUUCGUGUAAAUUCUGCUCAAUGAUGUAAAUAGUUCAAAGGGGGAACAGUUUUUGUAUGAUCUUAGUUUUUGUACAUUAACUGUCUGGUUUUUUUAUUUUUAUUUCAACUAUCUUUUUGGUAGUUUUAAUGAAAAUUUUGCACAAGUGUGUGCCAUAGCUAACACGAUUAUUACUAUUCAUGCAAUGCUGUAUCUACUAUUUAUUACUUUUGAGUAGUAAUAAUCUCUUAUUUUUAACUUUAUUAGGUUGUUUACGUCCCGAAUCUCACUAUUAAUAAAUAAUUAAGGCAGAAUGAAACAAGUAUUUUAUCCCAAAAAUGUAAAAGAACAAUAACAGAGUAGUGAAAUAAAUAGUAAUAACACCUUUUACAUUUUGUGAUUAUUAUUAUUUUUUUGUUAAAUUAAAAAAUACUAAAAGCAUGUAGUCAUCAAUGUAUCAACCACCAAUGUUAAACAAUUUUUUGUGUGAUAUAUUUAAAUAAAAUUACAUCACUAUGAUUUUUUUUAAUUACAGGUUUCAUGUACUGUUGCUAUUAUAAAAUAAAUCCCUUUUUUUUCGUUAUGAAAAUGUAUUGCUUUUUAGGCAAACCUACCACUGCAUGUAGAAAAAGAUGUAAAAAUGAUUGUUUUUGCACUUUACUACAAAUACGCAACCAUCAAAUGUGUUAUAAACACUUUUUUGUACAUAUUUAAUAAUAAAUUUACGAUAAGAGUAAA